AUGCUACGUUUGCGCCAACUGUUCAAAAUGGCCGAAGAAACUGCUGCUAAGAAGCUCAAGACCUCCUCGCCCUUGAUUGGCACCCACAACGGCCACUUCCACGCCGACGAGGCCUUGGCCGUCUACCUCCUGCGCCUCCUGCCCACCUACGCUUCUUCUCCCCUCAUUCGCACACGCGACCCGGCCGAGCUGGAGCAAUGCCACACCGUUGUGGAUGUGGGCGGCGUGUACGAUGCCGCCAUCAACCGCUAUGAUCAUCACCAGCGCACCUUCAACACCGUCUUCCCCAAGCACAAUACCAAGCUGUCCUCCGCUGGUCUAGUAUACAUGCACUUUGGCCGUGCCAUCAUCGCCCAGCACAUGUCCCUGCCCGAGGACCACGCCGAUGUCGACCUGCUGUACAAGAAGCUGUACACGGACUUCAUCGAGGCCAUUGAUGCCAACGACAACGGAAUCUCAGCUUACGACCAGACCGCCGUGGCUGCCGCCAACCUGGAGAAGCGCUUCAAGGACUACGGCGUCACUCUCGCCUCCAUCGUCAACGACAUGAACAACCCAGACCCGACCAGCCCUCCCGGCGAGCCCCAGGAUGAGGACAGCCUCUUCGGCCGCGCCAGUACUCUCAUCGGAAACGUGUUUGCCCGCAAGCUCCACCACUCUACCACCUCUUGGUUGCCUGCCCGCACCAUUGUGGGCAACGCCUACGCCUCCCGCACCGAGGCCCACCCCUCCGGCCGCAUCAUGGUCCUGCCCCAAGGUGGCGUUCCCUGGAAGGAGCACCUGUACAACUUUGAGCGUGAGGCUUCGGCCACCCCGGAGUCCCAGGUUUACUAUGUCCUCUACCCCGAGAGCGCGGCCGAGGACUCCAAGUGGCGCGUGCAGUGUGUGUCAGUCUCCGAGAGCAGCUUCGAGUCCCGCAAGCCGCUCCCCGAGACGUGGCGCGGUGUCCGUGAUCAGGAUUUGGAUGGUGUGUUGGCCGCAGAGGCUGAGAAGAACGGUCAACCCAAGCUUCCCGAAGGCGCGAUCUUCGUGCACGCUAGUGGCUUUAUUGGUGGCCACAAGACUAAGGAGGGCGCUAUGGCCAUGGCUGUGCGCAGCCUGGAGUAA